AAACCAGCACUCACCCCACAAAGUCAUGACAUCAGCAAGAUUAUUACUCCCUGAGCGCCACCAGACCUCCCUUCACACUCCUGCUCGUCCUGGUCUGUCUAAUAUGGAAAUGUGGAAACAGGAGCGAGUAAAAAUCUCCCUGGAAAUAAGCUGCUGAAUUUGCGUUGAAGUCUCUGCGGCAGUCGGAUGUUUCUCCCAUCGCACUGAGGCUCACUGCAAACUCUGCAAGUCGCUGUGUUUUGGUAAACGCAUCGUCUGAAAGACGUUCCUGCGUUCUGUGAAGAAAUGAUGUGCAAAGAGUGAAGUUCGUGGCCGUGAGGUCGAGUUAAAGACGAGCUGGAGCGCCUCUCUCUCCUCUCUAGCUCAUGCAAUACACACCAAUUAUAAACUCAGAAACUGUGAGAUAUCAAAAAGCUGUGUAGAAGUUUGACUGGAAGUCUUGUGAUCUGUUUAAAGUUUAAAUGGCGCCUCCAGGUGAAAGUAUGUUAUUGCAGUUCAAAGAGGAGAAAGAUUUUUCCCUACAGGGGAAUAAAAGAUUUAGAUCUAAUAAAGUGAAGAGGAAAUACCACAGGAAAAGGAUGGUCAGCAGAGACGAAGCCUCAGGAGGGAUUCAGGUUCCUCCUCCAGCUUCGGUGUCAUGAGUGGGAGGAGCCUCAGUCUGCGGCCGUCAGCUUGGAAAACUGCAGCACAGCCGGUCAGUCGAGUCCAUUGAUUUCCUUUUAAUGGAACAGUAGCUGGGAGGAAUAACUGAAAUUAGAUUCACGCUGAAGAUGCAGCCAUGUAUGAAAUCGGACGUGUCCCAUUGAUCGGUGUAUUGAAAGUAUAACAUUGAUCAAACAAGUACAGUGUUACCGUGGAGCUGAGUGAGUUAGUUUAUAAAGAACAGCAGGUGAGAGUUAAAUCACAGGGUUUAUUACAAACACAGAACAGGACCAAGAUGAUAAAUGAUGCAUGAUGGGAAAAAAACCUGAUCACAUUGACUUCAGUAACUGAGCAGGUCAGACGGGGUCAAGGGGCACGACCUCCAGUGAGAGGCUGACCUGCGACCUGUGGCUCCGUCCCUGCUGCUCAUGGGUCGUUUUAUUUUACAUGUCUGUUUUUGAUAAUUAUAAUAAUUCUCCUGGGAAAGUUCAUAUAGUUUAUUUAUUUCUAAUUACAGGAAGAAUAGAGACAAAGUUUAUUAUUGAUUUCCUGGUGAAUUUUCAUCAAUGAAAUCGCUCCAUUUAAACCCAGGGAAUAUUAAUUACUGAUAAUAACUGAAUUCUUCAGUUAUGCUGAACAUUUUACCUGCUGUCCUCUAAAUGAUUAUUAUAAUAUACUUUAUUUCAUCAGGACGUCACAUUAAGAUCAUUUACAAGUGAGAAAUGAGAACAAAAACAAAUAAAAAGAAAUAUUAAUAGCAGAAAUACAAAUGUACAGUGAUUUUAAAUAAACAGAUACAGGAUGUAUUUCUAUAAACAAGUUGAUAUGAACAGACGUGUAUUUUAAUUACUUUUAAAUCUGUAUUAAGAUACAGAACCAGCUUGAGAAUAAGAUGCCGAGUUAAACACUUACACAUCAGAGCAUUAAUGCUGUUAGCUUAGCAUUAAAAAUAACUGGAGGUGCACCAAUCACUCUCUCUUACCUAUAAUUAAUACAUCUUACCAGCUUGCACCAGUUUGUCCUGAAUGAAUCUAAAGGAUCAAACCAGUUCAGGUUCCUCCGGAUCCAAACAGAAACAGGCAACGACCCGUUUCACCUCUAACGACCCGGAGGACCUGACGCUCACUCUGCUGCAGCAUCGACCGCUUCGCUCUCCCGGACUAUAAGUCGUUAACAGCUGGAGCUGGUUGGAUGAUCAGUGUUUGUCCAGUUUUCAGCAACAGAGAGACUGAAGUCUCUGCGGCGGGAAACAUUUACUUCAUACAGGAGGGAAAGAAGAUGAAGAUGUUCCUGUAGGACGGAGUUUAACUUCAGCAGCAGCAACAAAAAGGCCUUUAUUACAUUUCAUAUCCAACAUGAAAGGUGAGUGAACUCUUUUAAAGUUAAUAUCCAACUUCUUUUAUCAGUAGAUUUAAUGUUUUAAAGUGCGUCACACUGAGACACACAUCAGCUUUUCACUGUAAAAUUCAUUGUUUUUCCUUCGAUGUGAGGAAACUUCACUGUCCUGUGAAAAACUUCCUAGAUUUCAAUUAUUGAUUUAUAUUUGAUUGGUAAUGUCUAUUGAUCAUCUUUUACUAAUUUUACCACUUAGUCCAUGUUGCUCUAACACCCGGUCCGGAGCGUUGAAAAGGUUGUAUAACGCAGUGUGAGGAAUCAGAACAGCUGCAGCAGGUUGAUCAGUGUGUGAUGGAUGAAGGUUCAGGUGUAACUGGUUCUAUAAAGAUACAACACGUAUUUAAAGUAUCUGUAAUUUGAGUAAAAGCAAAACCCCGAUGUGCAAAUACUCAGAAGCACAGAUGAUCAGAAAAUGUACUUAAAGUAUAAAUUGAAGUUCUGGAGCGUUGAAUGACAAUUUAACCUCUUACAUGCCGAGUUAUCAUUUUCAAAACUCAUAGUUUAACAUGAAAAGUAGCUGCUGACUCUUUAACCAGAUGUCACCAAAUAUAAAGAAGUGAAACUACAUUUCCCUUUGAAAUGUGAUGAAGUGGCGUCAGAUGGAAAUCCUCAAGUAAAGUACAAGUACCUCAAAACUGCUCUGAAGUAUUUGAGUAAUAGUACUUAGUUACUUUCCACCACUGGUUUGUGUCAGAGCUUUAAAGUUUCCUCUGUUUUUACAGUGUUGCUCUGACCAGGUGAUUUUUUCCGUUUGUGUUUUUAUAAAAAUAUGACGUGUCGUUAAUCGAUUUCAAAACGUAUUGAUCAGGUUCAGCUUCAGUCGUCCAGUAUUGAUGGAGCCUCAUCAACAAUCGUAACUUUGUCCCUCUCUCAUCACAGCUCUGCUGAUGUGAAACCAUGGGAGACUGGAACUUCCUUGGCGGGAUCUUGGAGGAGGUUCAUAUCCACUCCACCAUGGUGGGAAAGAUCUGGCUGACCAUCCUCUUCAUCUUCCGGAUGUUGGUGCUGGGCGUCGCGGCGGAGGACGUGUGGAACGACGAGCAGUCGGACUUCGUCUGCAACACGGAGCAGCCGGGCUGCAGGAACGUCUGCUACGACCAGGCCUUCCCCAUCUCCCUCAUCAGGUACUGGGUGCUGCAGGUGAUCUUCGUGUCCUCGCCCUCCCUCGUCUACAUGGGUCAUGCCAUCUACCAGCUGCGGGCGCUGGAGAAGGAGCGCCACUGUAAGAAGGUGGCUCUGCGCCGUGAGCUGGAGGCGGUGGACGUGGAGCUGGCGGAGGUGAGGAGGAGGAUUGAGAAGGAGAUGAGGCAGCUGGAGCAGGGGAAGCUCAACAAGGCUCCGCUCAGAGGUUCCCUGCUGUGCACGUACGUGGCCCACAUCGACCGCUCCGUGGUGGAGGUCAGCUUCAUGAUGGGGCAGUUCAUCCUGUACGGACACCACCUGAGCGCUCUCUACAAGUGUGAGAGGGAGCCGUGUCCCAACGUGGUGGACUGCUUCGUCUCCAGACCCACAGAGAAGACCGUCUUCAUGAUGUUCAUGCAGGCCAUCGCCUGCAUCUCCCUGUUCCUCAGCCUCCUGGAGAUCAUGCACCUGGGCUACAAGAGGGUGAAGAGGGGCAUCCUGGACUACUACCCCCACCUGAAGGACGACCUCGACGAUUACUACGUCAACAAGUCCAAGAAGAACUCCGUCGUGCAUCAGGUUUGCACAGGAACAUCAGUGGGACGGAAGACGACCAUCCCCACGGCCCCCAGCGGAUACACUCUGCUGCUGGAGAAGCAGGGCAACGGGCCCAACUACCCCCUGCUCAACGCCUCAUCUGCCUUCAUGCCCAUACAGGGGGACCCUGGUCCAAAACCAGACGGUCGUAAGGACGGCAAGGAGGGGGUGCCGAGCCCCACGGAGCAGAACAGCAACUCCAACAACACCAGCAGUGAGACUCGUUCACCUCCUGCGGACAAACAGGACGAACCAGAGGAACAGUCCUCCCCCCACCACGAAGACCUGCAGUGUCCGAGCUCCGAGUACCCCACCCUCCCUGUAGCGGACACCUCCUCCUGCACCACGCUGUCAGGGAUAGCGAGGAAGUCUCGGAGGGUCACCCCCCCGUGGAACUGCUCCACGGUGGUGGAGGGGAACGGCUCGGACAGCGGAGACUCGUACCACGGCAACAGCAGCAGCAUGAAGCUGCGCAGCAGCUGCAUCGGCCCCAGAGCCAGGGUGCUCUCCAAAUCUGACAUCAAGAGGCCGAGCAGGUCCCACAGCCCCGACUCCGCGGAGGAGCUGAGCUCCGUGUCUCGACACAGCCGGGAGAGUAACAGCCCCACCGCCUCUUCCCCCAACCGCAGGGUGUCAGCGGCGAGCAGCGCCAGCAGCAGACGAGCCCCCACCGAUCUGCAGAUAUAAACAGACUGUGGCUCCCAACAUGGCAACACAAACUCUCCCGCAAGUACUGAAGAGGAUCAGGGCCACGUCACGUUUAGAUUUUAUUUUAGAUUUUUAUAAUUCUCACUUUAAACUCAGAAUUCUGAAAAAAGGCAAAAAUUCUGAGAAAAAAAAUCAUAAUUCUGAGAUUAAAAUCAGAUUUCUAAAAAUAAAAAAAUCACGUGUCCCUGAUCCUGUUCCGUAGAGAAGCCAGGUCCGUGUUUGGGUUCAAACUGUGGUUAUCCCACUGAAACCAGAGAGAAGCCUUUUCCAGUCACAGAGACAAUCUGAAGUCAAACAUCUGUCCUUACUUUGAAAAGGCGGCCAUUGUUUUUUUCACAUGUGCAGGUUGUUACAUGAAUCCAGAUGGAUGUUAAUGAUUUGGUUGCAUGGGACAGUUCUGUGUGAAUGAUUCGGGGGGAUGGAAACUGAACCGCAGAUCUAUAAAGCUGUUUUAGGCCGCCACACUGUUACACAACCGGAUCCUUUUAAAUCAGUAACACUGAAUUAAUGCAGCUCCUGUACCAGUUCUGGAGCCUCUGUCACUGUGGAAAUAUCUUUGUGUUGUUAUGACAUGAAUAAAAUCAAUCUUUAAUGUGCUGUCAUCUAUCAGACUUUAAAUUCCCAUCAAGCCU